GCGGCCAGGUGGCGGCGCGCGGGGCGGGAGCGGAGGGGGUGGGCGGACCGUCGUCGCAGUCCGACUCCAGCGGCCGGCCGAUAACUUGGCCUGAUAGUCCCCUCCCUGCCCGGAACUGCCCCAGCGGGUGACUGGCCGUGCCAAGGGACAUUGUCAAGACAGGACAGAGAAGGGAGGGGUCUCUGGCAGAGGGCGGCCUGUAUAGGGAACGGUGGGGGCAUCAGGGCCGAGUAAGGGCUGCUGGCAGGCCCCCUCUGUCUGGGUGGGGGUGGCCGGCCACUUGGAGCUAGGGGCAGGGGCUUGGGCAAAGAACAGCGAGCGCGGCCGGGUCUGAGAAAUCUGGGCGCUCAGGACACACUGGAGUGGGUGAAAGGGUCCUGUUAGAACUUUCUUGGCUGGCUUGGAACUGUGCCAACUUUGCCCAGCCUGUGUCUGGACACAUGAUGCCUAUUAAGACAGGGCACCCCUGCUGGCAGAUGUCCAGUGGUGCUGGAGAGAGGUUAGCCAGGCAGGGACAUGGAGGUGACUCCCGCCGCACAACUCUUUCCAGGGUUUGAGGAGUUGGGAAGCUCUCCUCCACUCCCUGAAUGUCUGGGACCUUCCCUGGGCUCUGACAGGCCCUCCAAACGGCUCCAGGAGCACGGCUCCCCCGCAGCUCCCACAGCCCUUGGCCUGCUUGGCCCAGGAAUGCAGGAGAGGGAGGGAGACAGAGGGCAGAGGCUCCGGCUCAGGAAGUUGUGUUAUGCCCAGGUCUGGUGCACUCCCCUGGGCCCUGGGCCUGGUGUCUGGGCCCUUGGGGGCUCUGCUCCUCCCUGCCUCUCUGCUUGGGGUGAGCCCCUUUCAUUCCGAGCAGUCUUUGCUGUGCCCUGUCCACUCGGCCCCUGACGGGUUUUGCUCUUUGCCUUAUGAAACUGCUGGAAUACAGCGACAUUUUUGAAAUGCGGCCGUUGGGCGCUUCAGGCCACUCCUACCUCACCCAUCCCUGCCCCACCCGACCCCACCCUACUUGACUCCACCCUCUUUUCUCAAAAGGCCUUUGGAGCCUGGAAGUUUAGGCCAUCCUUUCCUAGCCUCCGAGAAUUUGCUUUCCUCCUCCCUGUGCCCCUUUUCUCUAUGAACACCCAAGCCAAGGAGCACUAAAGGUGCUUGAGAUCCCUGGGGUGGGGGGCCCCACGGCUUGACUUCCCCUCUUUCCCUGUCUUUUGAUCCUCUUCUCCAAACUCUUGCCUUCCUCGGAGCCUCUCUCUAUCCAGUGCUCUUUCUGCCCUUCACCGGCCAGGCCCCUGGCCUAGUGGGCAUGGUGGGUCCAUCCCCCCCUGAAGAGUAGGUGGAAACUGGGCACACAGACAGACAGGUUGACUUUGGGGGGGGACUUUUGACAGAGAUCACUCCUGUCUUUUGCAGUAGUGACAUGAACAACUGAGCUAGCGGGACAGACAGGAGGCAAGCUGGGGGGAGGGGGUGGUGCCCAGAGAAUUAGUGUGCUAAAAUAGUCCACCGUUGCCCAUUCCUGUGAAGGGCAUUCUCAGCAGGUCUUUCUGUGGCGAGGACAUUGAUCGGGAGACAGGAUAAGUAGAGUCAGCCAUCCCUUGCUAACCCAGCCACGCCAGGCUGUCUCCUCGGCCUCUCGGUGCAGCUGUCCAGGCCUGGGACGGCAGGCGGGUGUGUGUGCACGUGGGGCAGGGGCGGGGGUGGUGUGUGCACUGGUUAUAUUUAGCCAUCUGCCUCUCUUCUCCCCCUCUGAUCCUGGCUGGGGAGGCUGGGCUUCCGGAAGAGGGCGGUGGGUUUGCACACCUGGAUCUCCGGCUGCUGGGAGGCAGGGUGGAGACAGAGGGGGCUCCGACUGGGGUGUCUGUCCCCUUCUCUGUCCCCAGUGGGAGGAGCCAAGAUUGGGUGCUUCUUUUUGUUGCUGUGCCCAGGACAAGGCAGAGAAGAGUAGAAUGAAGAAUUUGGGAGAGGAAGAAAGGCAUUUUCCUAACUCCUCCCACUCAAGCCUAGAGAGAAGGUGUUGUCCGGUUUAAUGUUUAAUUAGAGCUCAGAGUUCAGGGCCAGGCGUCUGGUUGGGGUGCAGAGCCAUCUGCAAGAUCCCCUUGGCCCAGCCUGGUACCUUGACCACACCCAGGGCUUUAAGGUGCCCUCUCGUUGGGCUGGGUUAUAGGCUCCAAGCAGAAACAAACCCCCCAGUACCCACACACACAUUCUGUGUAUUCUGGAGUCUGAAGUAUUUGGACACCUAAGUGUGGCAAGGACGGGGAGCUGAAAACACCAGGGAAGGCCCCCCUGGGGUCCAGGCUUAGAGCUGGGCCCCAUCCCAGGCAUGACAGCUGGGUAGAUGACUCAGAUGCUGCCCCCCUCCCUUCCACCCUGGUGGCUUUACAAGAGACAGCGACACAGGGUGGAGAUGGCAGAUGUCUUAAAGGGAGGGAUGGGGGCCUGAAUGCCUGCAUCUUCUCCCCCUGCUCCCCAUUGCAUCCUGGGAGCCUUUCCUGCCUUCUUCCUUGGGACCUCUGCUGGUGGUCUGGAGCCAGGGCCCCGAUGGGCAGAGUGCAACAGGUGGUUGGUUCCAGAGCUGAGUCCUGUUACGGGGCUGCAGCUCGGAGCUGGGCCUACGCCUGCCCACAUGGGAAUGGUGGAGGAAGACUGAGUCAGAAGUGGGGAGAUCCUGGGCCCACAAAGCAGAAGUUCCUCUUCCCCCCCGGACGAGGCUGGGUGCUUGACAACUUCCUGUAUUGUCUGCCUUCGGGGCAGUGGGGCUGGGCAGGGAAGUGGAGGCCCAGGCUCAUCCUAGCGCUCAUUCGGCCAGAGAGGUGCAGAGGCUUGUCCUGUGUCACACAGCAAGAGGGUGAUGGGUCAGGACUUGAGCACAGGCCUUCUGACUUCCAGAUGAGUGCCUGUAUCACGAGGCCUGACUUCUUCUGGCUUAGAGGACAGGUGGGGGGGUCCUGAGGGUGGGGCCGGGUGGCCGAGGCUCACUCCUGCCGUCUGGAGGUUCUGCUCUGAGACCAGUGGGACCUGCCAGGGUCUGCUAAUACCCAGCCUUAGCUCUACCCUGUACCUGGAAAGACCCAUGACCCUGCCAGGCCAUGGAUCCUCAGAGCUCUGGAAGGCUGGGUAUUCCUCUCUUGGGACUUGUCCUUGGGUGUCUACCUGGACCCGAAGGAGGCUGUGCCCUUUGGCAGAGACCUAGGGAACAGGGAUGGAGGCCUUUGAGGAAACCUGGGCCCCUGUCCUCACCCGAGGGAGCCCCUGGUGCUAUCUCUCGCUGCCACCCCCACCCUGAAGUCAACGUUCUGAUUCAAAGGCAGUGAAGGAGGGCACUACUUGAGGAGCCCAAGAGAAACAAAAGAGACAGUAAUUCCUGCUCGGCUUCCCGACUGCCUUCCUGUGACCAGUGCCCCUGGCUGGUACCCGUCAGCCUCCAUUCUGAGCCUUACUCUUGCAGAGGAUAUGCCCCUCAUCCCCAGUCCUGCCCCCGCCCCCGCUCCCCACCUCCGGGAUUCAGUAGUUCAGUGUCAGGGCUGAAGCCAGGGACAGCUGGGGGAGCAACUGGUUGGUGACGCCUUCACCUCCCAGCUGUGCCUCUGCCCACCCCCCCAGCCUUCCUCCCCCAGCUCCCCCAGGUCCAGCUCAGAGGCCUAGCCCCAGGGCAGUGUGCCCCAUUCCCGCCUCCUGGAGCCCCAGUGUACUGAAAGUGACUCCGGCCAAGCUCUGGUAUUCUUGGGAAUGUCCGGAGAACGGCAGCAGGGUCUCCCUUAAUGAGGUCGCCCACCAGCAGAAUGACAGGUAGUAUGAGGUAGUAGAAACGGUCCUGGGCCUCGAUGUCCUUAGUCCUAGGCUUGGUCCUGCUGCGACGCUGCUGUGUGACCUUGAGCCAAUCGCCUUCCCUCUCUGGAUUUCCCCAGCUAUGAAAUAAAGGGGUUAGAGCAGAAGGUCUCCAGAGAUCCCUUAGGUUUCAAAGCAGCACAGUGACCCACAAAGUGAGAAAAUAGUCCUCUAAAGUACCAAGCUAUAAAUGUUAAAAUCAAAUCCACUUAAUGUGAAUAUAAUUAAUGGCCAACGCUAUUCUCAAUAGAAACGUUUCCCACAAGCUGUGGAAUGAAAAAUACAGGCACGCUUCUUGAUUUCUCACAGAAAGUUUGUGCGGACAGUUAAUGAAGUUCCUGGUUUAUGCUUUGUUUUUAUUGCUAGUAAGAAGGGACACUUGGUCGUCACGCGUCUCCUUCCAGGACGGUGGAAAGGGCCGUGUUACGCAGGACGGCCUGAGUGCCACGGGGUGGCAGGGACGCUCUCCCUGGGAAGAGCCACGCCGUUGCCUCAGAGCGGGCCAGCCAGCGGAGGUGCGGCUGACCUUGGGCUGCCUACCCACUUCCCUUCCUGCACCCACUCCGGCUCCCCCAGCCUGAGGUCGGGCUGUGAGGAGGUCCUGGAAGGGGACAGAGUUUGGGAAGGAGGGGGCAGGGCGGGGGUGCUCCCUGCCCCUCUGUGGGAGAGGAAGCCAGGAUUCAUUCUGGCUGGGAUCCCAGGCCUGGCAGAGGAGCUGAGUCACGGUAGAGGGCAGAGUGGAGAGCAGGCGGGAGACCCUGAGCUUGCUCGGUGGGAGAAGGAAGGGCUUGGGGUAACCUUUUAUCGAGGAGCACAAUGGAUGCUCUUGCUCCGUAGCAGCAAGAGGGACGAGGGCAGGACUAGCAUGGGGGACAAAUGGAGGGGACAGAACACACGUGUCCCUUUAGGGCUGGAUCGGAGGAGCUAGAGACCCUCAUAACAAGGGGCCCAUUUUCUGGGCAUUGGAAGGAUGGGGAUUUCCAAGGCCCCCCCUUCUCCUGAAGCUCUAAGCUGACACCUCUGCCCUGAGAGAAAGUCCCACCUUCCUAGGCUGGAGCUGGAAUGCAGUGGGACCAGAACUCCUAGGUCCUCCCACUUCCUUUACUGAUCUUGGGGUGUGGCUCCCACCCCCUCUUGCUGUCACGGGGUUAAUAAGCAUAAGCCACCAGAUGGAGAGUUAAUGCAUCCUAAAGAAGGGACUUCUGAGUCCGCUUCUUGUGGGGAUCCCCUAAAUGUCCCUCCCUUUGGCUGGUGGCCUCCCUCCCUCUCCCCCCAGGACAUUUGACCUCUUCCUAGGCUAUCCCCGCCAUGCCCCUACUUCUUUUGGUCUGUCGCCAGGCCUCAGCCCUGCAUUGCCAUGACAACGCGGGCGUGACUUCUGGAGAGAUAGGCCAAGAAGAAGGAAAGUGGAGUUGGCAGGGACCUUGAGAGAGCAGUGGGUCAGGAAGCCGGCUGCCUGUUGUGCAGUACCCCAAGGCCCAGCCUCUGGCCGCGGGCCCCCCCUGCCUCGGUACAAUGCCACGUGGAUACACCCAGCAGCUGUGACUCAGGCCUGGCCCCCUGCCAGCCCUGCCUCUGCUGGAGUUGCGUCUGAACAUGUCCACAGGCCUCCCGGCCCUCUUCUCUGCCUCCAGCCCCCGCCCCCGGCCUGGAGCACCACCUGGCUUUGUCCGCAGCGGGGACAGCCGGAGCCCCGUGGCUCUGGACAGGGAUCUUAGGGCCUUGAACCCCAGACAGGAGCAGUGGCGUCACACCCAAGAGAGGCACGUGGCAGCAGGGCUGUGCCCAUGCCCGUGUGGGGAGGUCGGGCUGGGGUCCACCCUGAGGGGCCCGCCUGUGCUCUCCAGCUGUAAGGCACUCAGAAGGCUCCAGGAAGCACCCGUCCCACCUCAGUUCUCCUCUGAAGGUCUCUUUACCUGCGAACGCUGGUACCUCGAGGCCCACAUGUCCCGUCUUCCCACAUCCUGCCCAAACCAGAAAGUGGUGGCCGACCCACAGCCCAGCCAGGCAACCAAGUAGUGGGUCCUUUUCGGGGUGGGGAACGUCCAAGCCCAUGGCUUCGCACGCGGCUGUGGGAGCGUGUGCAUCUGGACGGCAUCACCCUGGGGAGGCCGAGGGGGAUGCGCCUCCCAGGCUUUGCUUCCUGGGUGCCUGAGCCCCCCCCAGCCCCCCCGUGCCCCCCUGCUUCACCACUGCCAUUUUCGGUGCUCUGUCCCUGUCUGCUGUGAGUGUCCUCAGGUGACCCUGUGGGUAAGCCUUCCCUGGUCCAGGGCUUGGUUUCCCCAGCUGUGACCGUGCAGGGGUUGGCCCAGGAGGAGGCCCGGCCAGGAGCCUGGGGCCUGUGAACUGCUCGCCCAAAGGCAUUCCAGGCACAGACAGGAAAAGCCCCAGACGUAAGUGGACAGUGUAAACCAGCAGGUAAAAACAGCAGAGCACGUGGUGGGGGAGGGGGCAGAGUGCCAGGGCAGGGCUGAGGCCUUGCAACCAUGGGGGUGGACUUGGAUGGCCAGAGGGAGGGAAGGACAGAUUGCAGGGGAGGGGCUGCUGGAACAAAGAGGCGGCUGGCCAGGGGAGACGCCCCUCACUGGCAGGAAGUCAGCUUGGGCCCGGGUCUGAGUCCUGGGAGGAAAGGGAAGAGCUCCCUGCUGCCUACACACCCACCCUGCCCUGCCCUGCCCUGCCCUGCCCUGCCCUGCCCUGCCCUGCCACAGGGGGCGCCCUUCCCUGUGGGGCUCAGAGAUCCUGCUCUCCCCUCCCCUCCCUCCUGUCCUGGGGUCGCCCAGCCAUGGGGAACUCCAUGUGCCGGUGAGAUUGAGGGGCCGGAGGGGGCGGGAGGGAGCCCCUGCGGGGCUGGGCCAGCUCCUCGGAGCCCCCGUGGCCAUCUUCCCCUCCCCCUUCUUAUUUGGAGGGUGGCCUGAGCUCUGUCCCCCCUGUCUUCCUCAGCCCGCAGAGGAGGAAAUGAGGGCCUCCCCCUUGCGGCCUAGCAGGUUGCCCCUAGCAACGGGUCCCAAACAGGCCUGGGCGGCCUGGCUUCCGUAUCUGGCGUGGGAGCUGGGCUGAGGAGGGUGACUCAGUGGGCGGGCCAGCACCCGGCCCCUUUGCUGCCCCCGAGGCCUGGCCCACCCGCCACCUCCGCUCUGCAGACCCACAGCCUCCGGCCGUGCCCCGCACCCGCCUGUCCCUCCAGAGAUGGGCUGUGGCAGCUGUGGGGGGAGGCAGAAAUGGAUGCCCAGCCCUGCUGGCCUCACGGGGCCCUGGGGAGCAUCCUGCGCUCGGGGGACCUGGACGUACGGACUGGCGCAGGACGUGGGCAGAGUCAGGGUCUCCCCUGUGAGUACUGGAGGAUUUCCCGACCGCUGCCUGGGUAUUGUCUGCCCGAGGAUGAGUCACCUGCAGCCCCGGCCUCGCCCUCCUGGGCGCCCGGCCGCCCCCCCCCACCGCUCCCCACCAGCCCCAGUGGCCCUGGCCCCUGAGGGGCUGACCACCUGGCCAGGGUCAGCUUGGGGUCCCUGCUGGGGGCAGGGUGGGGGCCUAGGCCUAGGCCGGCAAGCCAGGGGAGCAGGCAGGCGAGGCGCGGGGCUCCGCACCACCCCCAGCCGUCUCUCGGGGUGGGUGUGUGGCUCCCUGGCCACAGCUCCUGAGCUGUGGGUGACAGUGGCUUCUUCCGCACGCUGGGAGCUCCCCAGCCUGACCGAGAGAACCGCCAGGGCCCCCCUUCCCCUCCCCGUGUGCUGGCGGUUUCCCGCUGCGGCUGCCCGGAGGGAAACAUCGCCCCCUCCUUGCUUUGGAGGCCGCGCUCAGGGCUGGGCUGAGGCUAACCAGCCCUGCUGGCCACUCUGCUGCCGGUUGCCACCGGCCCCUGGACGCGACCCUCUGUGCCUCCUGUCCUCGGUGCCGGGGAGGGCGCCGGGCCACACCAUCCGCCCGCGGGCGCGCUUGCUGCCUUCGCGUUCUGGUUCCUGUUGUUACCAACACCACCGUCUGGGCGAGCAGUGGGUGCGAGGAGCUGGCAGAGGGCAGGCGCAGCUCGUCUGCUCUCAGCCCGGGGCCCUGCGCCCUGGCGGGAAGGCCGGUUCCCCGCACGCGCCCUCGGGAGCCCAGGCGGAGGAGGGCAGCGUGGGGAGGGGGGCCCCGGCAGCAGGGCUGACUGUGACCCCAGCCCCGGGCCACCGCCGCCUGCAGGCCGGCACCCGGCCCUUUACUUCUACCUCUGUGAAAGGGGGGGGCCUGCACUGGCCGCCCCGCGGGCUCCUUUCCGAGCUCCCGGUCCCGAGGGCGGCAGCCGCGCAGGCUGCAGGGUGGAGAGGCCUCUGCGGGGCAGGCCCUGCACCUUGGGGCCAGCCCAGGAGCCGCAGUCCGCUCGGCUGCGUGGCUUCACUUUACCAGCGGUUUCUUCUUCUUCGUUCCUCCCCUGCAGCUGGCUCAGCUUCGGAGAAGUUCUGAAGUCAUGGAAAGUUGGGGCUGUGCUCCCAGCCAGGGGCCGGGCCGGAUGGCAGCCAAAACCUGAGCUGGGUUUUGACUUUAUUUUUAGCUUUUCUGGCUGAGACGGAGGAGGGGAGACAUCCUCUGGGGCUGGAAGGGCCUCUUUUCGCGGGAGACCACCGCUCUUGUGUCAAAUGGCUUGUUCUGAUGUUCUGAGGCCUGGCCACGGUCGGCCGGACAAGCGAACCUGUGGGGGGGCACCCCCUCCAGGUCUUAGCGUCCCCCCCCCCCAGCUCUGUGUCACUGUGUCCCCCUCCUGGUGGGGCCCUGCUGGAGACCAGUGACUCCGUUUGACAAGUUCUGAGCUGGUGGCAGGAGAAGCCGCCUGUCUGGGCUGCUCCCUGCAGAGCUUCCUCAAGGCUCCCGCGGCCUCACGGGGCACCGCUGGGUCUCUUGGAGCUGAGGGCUUCUGCGGAGGAAAAAAAUGUUGGCGGGGCCACUUUUCUUCCUUCCAGGACAGAAAUCCAGAAUUCCACCCCCACCCUCCCGCCAACGUUUGGUUUUCCUUUCCCCUCCUGUCAUGUGGCUCAUGCUCUGGACUGAGGAGUUAGAGAGGGCAGCCGGGCCAGGCCCUGGGCUCCUUCUCCUUCCCUUCAUCCCCGGGGCUGCUGCUUUCUCUCACCAGAUAUUGGUGAAGGGAUCAUCACAUCUGGAAAGUUCUUGGGUUUCCCAGAGGUUUGGACCCCUCUAUGUCUCUAGUUCACUAUCUGGCAAAAACAGUCAGGGCCCAGAAAGGGAGGGAGGUGGCAGAGGCAAGCCCCGUUUAUUUGGUUAUUUGGCUAAAGCUUUACCCAGUUUGAGGAGUAGGGAGGCUCCAGGCUGGAGCCCAGAUGGACCUGGAGACCCAGGGCCACAUCUGGAGCCAGAUGCUGAGGCUUGCCGAACGGUAGGGCUUAGUAUUCUCUCAAGCUCUGAUAAGGCCCAGAGGGAGGGCGGCUGGAACCCUGUGCUGGGCCCCAAUCAGGGGACCUAGACUGGGUCUGAGAAAGGGACGGGUGGCUGUCCUCCUCCCUGAGUUUUAACCAGACCGUCCCCGUUGUGUGUAAAAGGGGCUAGGAGAAGUGACCCAUACUUUUGGGGCUCCAGCUGUGGUAGGGAGGCAUGGACCCCAGGGCUGGGAGCCUGGCUGUCUGGGCCCCUGCAGGGAGGGAGCCUGGCCUAAUGGAGGGUAGGUGGAGUCAGGCAGAAGGUUAAGGCCCUGUGUGGGAAGGGGCAGGAGACAAAGGUGGCCCUGUCUCUUUGGGAAGGAAUGGGAGGAGAGAGAGGGAAAAGCAUUCAUCUCAUGGGAUUGCGCUGUGCCCUUGGCCCGCGGCACGUUCCUGAGCACUGAGUCAUGGGAAGGGUAGAGAAGCAGGAAGGGGGUUUGGGGGACCUUGGGGGGAGUGGGAGUCCAGCCCCAGGGGCAGGCGGAGACAAACAAGCCAAGAGGGAGGCUGCCCUCUGCUGGCACUUUGCGGGACAGGCACGCUGGGCUGCGGCUGGGCUGCCUCUGGGAGGGGACUUCUGGCUCCCCCGGGGGGCGCCCUGGUUCUCCCUGGGGACACAGACUCCUCCUAAGCCCACUCUUCCCUUGCU